GUUGCUUCCGAAAUCCUGGAUUCUCAUAGGGAUUCGGCUGAUGCACCUCUGGAAAAUUUUGGUGGCGAGGAUACGGACGAAGACGAUGAUACUGUUAACGUUAUAAUUAAGCCAUACAGCAAGGGGAGUAUCUACAAGACUGGUGCUACAUAUCAAGCUCGAUCUCAAUCAGAGGAGAAGCCCUGGAAAAGACCUGGUGCUGAUAUCACCGAUUAUUUCAACUACGGUUUUACCGAAGACACUUGGAUACAAUAUUGCGAAAAGCAGAAGAUUCUUCGUCAGGAAUAUGCUAAUACGGCCCUUAAACCCGUCGUUGUUGGGGCUGCUGCUAGUUUCGGUAUGACAAAUCUUUCCUCUAGUACUCACCGUGGAGGCGUCCGAUAUCCCCACCAACAGUCCCACAAACACAGCAAAGAUAUCAAUGUUCUUGGUGGUCGGGGUCGUUCUCAUUCAAAUAGCGAUGAAGAUUCCGAAAAGCAAAAUGGCUUUUUGGGGCCGGGUCAAGUCUUUAGUGUUCCCCCACCCGGUUAUGCUCCACCUUCUGGUGGUGACGCUCUAAGCCAGUUCAAUAACGUUGCUUCUGCCACUGCGUUCAGCUUGCCACCACCCGGAUUUACCAAUACGUCGGUGCCCCCUCCAGUUCUGGGAUCAGGUUUUUCGAACCAACAAGCCGGCCAUCAAUGGCCACAGUCAAGCAUUGGAAGUGGACUAAUUUCACUAUUUUCCGGGACUCCUGUUCGGUCUAGUAGCGGAAGGAACCAUCACUCCGACAGCCAUAGGGAUAGAACUCCCGAAAACAUAUUUGACAAACAUCGGUCGAGUCACAGGAGCCGGUCGCGUAGUAGAGACCGCCACUAUAGUGGACGAAGUAGGCGGUACGUCGUGUAA